AGACACAAUACACAAUAGCGUUAUGAAGUCACACAUUGAGGAAAUUAUGGAACUUUUUCCGCUGCCAACUAAACCUUCGGAAUAUUGCCACGAUGCCUAUCUUAAGAAAAUCCUACCAGAAAAAGAAGCAAUCCCGAAAAAAGUCAAUGUUACGGAUGGGAUGCCCGGUUCAAAGGAUCUUAAAACAAGAGAUACCUUACAAGAGCAUGAAGUUUUCGAUGCAAUGCUGUACAGAGUUGACUAUGCGGCUCGUGCCACUGUGUAUAUGAAUCGAAUGACGUCGCUUUUUAAAUCGAGUCUUUCCCAGCGACAGCGGGAUUCAAUAUUUGCAACUACUCUCAUGUUUAAAACUCGAUUCCAAAAUCUAAUUUCCGACUUUAGCAGCGUAUGCGUAAUAUUCCAGUUGAUGCAACUAAGAGAGCUACUAAAUGUAAUGCGGGAUAUACCGCCGGAGGGCACCGAUCCCACUAAUACGAUAUUUGGAUGGUGCUACAAGGAGAAAUUGAGGCGAUUCGAAGAGCAACAUAGCUCCGUGUAUAUUGAUAUUUUUGAAGAGGAUAAAUCACAAGUUACUUUAGAUGAACUUAAAUUCUAUGUCGAUCUGGGAGAAGUUAUACGAUUGGUAGAUGUCCUAAUUUCCGACGUAUCUUCAGAUCCAAAUUUUAACAAUCUGACUACUUUUAAUGAUGCAAUCUCACAUAAGCCCCAUAUCAACAAGAUAUAGAAUAAAUUGGACUUAUGAUAAAGCACAGCAAGGUCAAUUUUAUUUGGACCUGCGUUGCAAGGAGUACUCCAACAAGCUUGAAAAAAUUCGCCAUUUGAAGUCUAAGGAUAUGAGCGUUUGGGAUAGCGUUAAUAGCACAUAUCGGAUCUUAAUCGAGUCCUAUAAACAACAAAUCAAUACGGUUCAGGAGGACUAUGAUACUGAUAUGGAACUGGCGGAGAAUAUGGUACAACUUACUCGUAAUCGGGUUAGUAAGUGCAAGGACGACCUUCAACAUGCCAAGGAAACUGUUCAAAUGUUUAAGAGAAGAGUUCAAGAGGUUCUUGAUAAAAUAGCUCAGCAGAAAGAGUUAGAGCGUAUUGAAGACGAGAAGAAAACAGAGGUAGAAAUCUCCAAAACUGUCCGGAAAUCCGAUACUAAGAAGAAAAACAGGAACAAGAAAGGAUGA